CGUUUCAUAAAUCUGUAACUGCUCAUUUAUACCCAGUAUUUCACAUUUUAGCUUCAAGAACGCCAACCAUGCCUCAGUCCCACCAGCUUCACGAAGGCCAAACCCUAAGCGGCGACAACAAAGACUACCUCCUCGUCGCUCCUCUCGGACAACCCAACGUCUGGACUGCCGUCGAUAGCGAGACACAAUCAUCCGUCUACAUCAUUAAACAACCAGCUCCCGACGACUCUGCUGCCGCAUCAUGGCCAAACUUCCAGCAAGAGAUGGUAAUGCAGGAGCUAUUCAAAGACGACCCAGCGAUCCGGCAAAAAGUGGACCAGAUACCACCUUCCAAACACGGCGAGCCGCCCCGUAUCGUCCUCGAGAUUUUAGAAGGGACAGCAUGGGAUGCGCGUGCGAAGCGGCCGUUAGGUGUGGGUGAGAUCAAAAAGCAUCAUGCGGGAUACACUCGAGGGGCUAACCUCAAAAUGGAAAACAUCCUUCUCAGCGGCUUCAACCCGUCGGCCAAAGACAAAAACGGAGCUACCCUCGUCACCAAACUCGGUGAUCUGGGGAUCGUGAUACCACCGACCAAAGGCGUCGCCCAGCCGUUGACGUAUCGCGCCCCAAAAGUCUACUUCAGGCACAGCAUCACGCCCGCAGCGGAUAUCUGGUCCUGGGGACUGCUAGUGUGCCAUCUCCUCGAAGCACGCGCGCCCUCCAUCUCCAAUCCCCCGACCCCAUCACCCAACGAGUCCAACUUCACCGAUCGCGGACUCUACGACGAUCUCUACUCAGGUCACGGCCUCCACUCGCAGCAGGAACAGUCGAUUCGCUAUGCGCUGGCUAACGACUACGAUCUAGCUUCGAUACAGUAUCUACGCUGA